GAGAAUCACAAAGUCCAAGAGUUUGACAUAACGAGAGCAGGAGAGAAGGUACCGCUAUGCAACGGGGCAAUUAUCCUCCAAAUACCGCUGCCUCUCCUCCCCUCCACCACCCAGUCCCUCAACACCACGUCCCGAUUCCAGUGAUGCACUCCCCGCCGCCGCUGCAAGCUUCGAGUGCUUAUGGGAACGCAUACGCACCGGCCCCCGCAGUGGGGCAUCCUGCAUAUGGCUUCCUUAACGAUCCAACGACGCAGAUGGCCUUCCAGGUUGGUGGACGAGCGACGGAGGUGGCGGGGCAGUACGUCGAGCAGAACUUGGGCAAAUACUUGCAAGUCAGCGCGUUAAAGCAUUACUUCAAUGUUUCAAACGGGUACGUCUUGCAGAAGUUAGGCUUGGUGCUGUUUCCGUGGCGGCAUAAACCUUGGUCCAGGAGCGGAUCGCAGAGGACCGGUGCGAGUGGGCAGACAGAGGGGUACUUUUUGCCGCCGAGGGAGGACAUUAAUUCGCCGGAUAUGUAUAUUCCAGGCAUGCCCCUCGUCGUUCAUGCUUAG